AUGUCACGAAUCUGGAAAUACCUUAGACGUCGCAGGCACAAUCCAAACGUCCCGUCGGCGAAGUGGUCACUGCUAGGACCGGACUGGCUACGCCGAGGUGCGGGCUCUCUGUGCCUGACAACGCCUGGCCUACUGGGAUCCAGUCUGUCAAAUAGAUCGCCAAAUUUUCUGAUGCUUCACUUCGGACCCGGCAGAACAUUGAUCUUCAAGUCUUUGGGUUACAUCCGUCUUGAAUUCAUCUAUAGAUGGAAAGCUGAGGCUGAGACUGAUACCAACGCUGAGACUCUCCGAACGAGAUAUUUGGAUCCGCCAAUCAGCGGUUCCAAUAAUAUCUGGCGCAUUUCCAGAUAUCUUGGCAAAUAUCGUUGCACCUCAACUUGCCUCCUGAAUCGACGGAAGGCUUUGUGCACCGCACACAAUCUUUCUAGACAAGUGACCGAGAAUCAAGUUUGUCUACAAGGCUGCAAAAGAGUCAAAGGACGGAAGGAGAUAAACAAAGCAGCUCGGGGCUGGAAAGCAGAAGAGCAGCUGAAGGUGCAGGUCGGGUGCCUUCCUUUCCGCGCCUUCCAGGUCAGUGUCCCGGGUCACGAUUUCAUUCGUCCUGGCUCUGCCUUCCAAAGUAGCUUCCUGAGGCAGUGUGGGCCCCAUCAUCAAGUUGCUUCUCGUGACUUCCUUCCGCUGGGUUCUGCUUCAAGGUACUACAUGAGUGCACCUCACUUUGGACCAAAAGCAACUUCGCAGCCUCCUUCAUCUCGUCCAUACCAACUGCGGAAGGGGGGUAGAACAGCUGGAGAUCGAGGACACGACGCCAUAUCUCUCUUUCUCAAGAAGGAACUAGGUGUGCCACCUACAUCAACCGCUUCUGACUGGACUAUUCACCCAAGGCACUACAUUACUCCUCAGGAAACCAUCGUGGAGCUACUUCAGUCGUCCUGUCGUCUGUUGAUCCACACGUCGCUCACAGCACGCCACAGCGGUACACGGCAGCUAUCUCCUGAGUCACGGCUUUGGCGUGACGCACCCCCAAAUAUACCGACUAAAACACCAGUUCCUGCUUUUUCUGCCCAAAUCUUGGAAGGGAGAUCACCAGUCAAGAUGCUCGCUGUCGAACGCGCCUCGCUGCCGGCUAUGGCCUCUGAUAGGCCUGACGAUCAAUCUGAGGAAAAGAUCGAGCACACUGGACCUGAUGUCAUCCAGCCCCAUGCUCUCAUCGACCACCUGCUUCCACAACAACUUGGCCGAGGAGUGCUUAUUCCUCUGAAGACGACUUUGGAAAUCCGACAAGACCACACCAUUGUUCAGGCUUUGAUCACGAGGGCUCCAUCUACGUCUACUAACAAUGUCGUCAAUCUGAUCCGCUCGAUGCUCCCUGAAGGCGUGGCUAACAACUUGCCUCACUUGCGAAGAUGUGCGAAGCCAGCGGAUAUCCCGGCUCAUCUCAAAACACAGUUCAUGAACGACUCCCCCGAAGGCCGCCAAGUCCACACGGGUAAAUCCACCUGGAUCUACAUCAUGCUUGGUGAAGAGAAAGACUUCGAUAAGCACGACUUGGUCGCAAAGCUGGGAGCCAUCGAAGGAAUGGAUGAGAGCGUCUUCCUCACCAAGAUUCCGAUUCCCAUGGUACCGCCUACUUCUCAGGUGCAGGCAGCUAUGUGGACCUCGCAGUUCUGGCCUACGGUGUAUAGAAAGAACAACCCUCUUGGACCGCACCCUAGCAUGGUGGGACGAUCAACGGAAACUAUCAAGGAUGAGACAUCUCUGUGGAUGACCUUGGCCCAUCGCGUCGCCUUCCAGGCAAAGAAGGCGGGUAUCGGUGAACCCAUGGGUGCCGUCAUCGUCCAGCGCGAAGGGGGAAAAUCCCACCUCGUAGCGGUUGCCGGAGAUGCUCGUUGGCACCAGGAGCCCAAUAGAAGCGGUACCGGCAACCCCAUGGGUCACUGCGUGCUCAGAGCUAUCAGCAUGGUGGCGCAGAAGCUUGUGCGACACGAGAGACGUGCAGCCGGCCGCUCCCACGUGCCGGCUAUCCUUGAAUACGACACUUUUCAAGAUCUUCCGCUCUUGGAAGACGAGCUUACGGUCCAUGAAGACGAGCAUCCCAACGCGGACGGCUACCUGUGCCACGGUAUGGAGAUGUACUUAACUCACGAGCCUUGCGUCCAAUGCUCGAUGGCUAUCCUUCACUCGCGGAUGGGCAAGGUCGUCUUCGCUCAACGCAUGCCACUUACUGGGGGCAUGUGCUCGGAAGAUCGAGGACAUGGCCAUCCCGAGCUGGAGAACUGCGGUGGAGGCGAGGGUCUUGGCCUCUUCUGGAGACGUGAGCUGAACUGGAGCUUGUUGGCGUGGGAGUGGGAAUCGAGCGACUGCUCCCCAUGGGACUUUACGACGAUACCUUGGUGCUUAUGGUCGGGAAACCGGCCUAGGCCAGAACAGUCUUUGUGUGCCGGGAUGCCAACGAUUGUGGAAGUUGACGGUAGUCUCGAUGCAUUAGUAUCGAUACACCCUGUACUCCAAGCUCUGAGGCAGCUGGUAGGCGGCUUUUGCGCUUUACAUUUUACCUACUGUAUUUGGUUGAGAAAUUGGUUGGAAGGGCUAGCAGAGGGUUUAGAUAGUCCUUUCAGCUCCCGUGGAAUGUCUGACGGGAUGAGGGAGAUUCGAGAGUCGUCAGACGGCAACUUUAGCAAUGCCCAAGCAACUUGUAUCAAGUCUUCAUCGUCCAUAGUUGCUCUUUGUAACGGCCACGACAUAUGCGCUCGCGACUUCAAGCUCUUUGGACAAAAGCUGUGGACGAACUUCAUCCCCGAGCUUCUACCGGGCGACAUCCGCAACGGCUGCCGUGACACCCUACAGCUUCACGCAAGCUUCCUGAACGAGCGCGUCGACAUGCCUGCGGACAAAUCGAGGAAGCGCAAGGCGGACAAGGACCUGCAGAGAUACUACGCUGUGCGUGUCGGUCUCCGGCCAGGUGUAUAUUUGACUUGGCUCGAAUGCCAGAAGCAGACUGCUCAUCAAAAAGGAGCAAUAUACAAGUCUUUCUUCACACGCGAAGAGGCUCAGGCUUUUGUGGAAGGAAAGUUCGUACCAGCGCCAGCCGGGGAAAAGCCCGCUCCUCCGAGAUACUAUGCCGUCGCGCGUGGUCAUUUCACGGGCAUCUUCGUCAACGACUGGGAUACGGUUUCCCUAGCGAUCAAGGAUGCCAAAGGGCCUAAAUAUAAGAGAUUCGACACAUACACCGGCGCGUUGGAGUUCAUUAGGGAAUGGGGCAAUGAGGAAACGAUUGCCGGUGCUGAGGCCGGCGCCCUGAAUGCGGGUAUCAAGGUUCUGCCGAGGAAGCCAGCCACCAGCGCCGCAACGAAGGCCACGAAGGUGAAGAAGGAGAACGAUGAUGGGGUGGAGGAGGAAAUGGAGAAGGAAUCUGAAGACGAUUCCGUGAAACCGGAGGUACUGAACUUGCCGCAAAUCUAUAUCGACGGAGCUACGGCGGGCAACGGUACUCCCUCUGCCAGGGGCGGCGUAGGCGUCUACUUCGGACCCAACGAUGCAAGGAACAUAUCUGAACCCCUCGAAGGUGAACCACAAACGAAUCAGCGAGCAGAACUUACCGCCGUCCUUCGAGCACUCGAGUACACCUCGGUCACGCAGGAUGUCCAAAUCUGGACGGAUAGCGCAUACGCAAAGAACUGCGUCACUCGCGACUGCAAGAAGUGGAUGGCCAACGGCUGGAAGACUUUGAAAGGAUCCGUCAAAAACCAGGACUUGAUCAAGGCAAUAAUCGAUCAUCUCAACAGACGAGAGGCUGCAGGGACAAUAACGAGCAUCGACUGGGUGAAGGCUCACACCACAGAGGAAGACCCAACAUCUGUAGGCAACAGGGCUGCGGAUGAGCUCGCCACGGCCGGCUCGAAAUUAGAGUCGGAUGAGGAUGAUUAUGAUCCUGCAAAGCACGCUAAGUCGGAGGGGUCAACAGAGGGCGACCUUGCGCGCCAAUCGACGAUACCCGGACAAAGCUCCGACCCCUCGCACUACGGGUCUGCAGCAGCGAUGCGGGCGAUGUUGAAUAUUGCCAUACUUGUGAAGGGUCGUUGA